AUAAGUGCAACACAAAACAGCAGUGUCCAUUGCCGAAAGUGUGUAAGAUGGAAGGCCUGUAUGAUGAGGAAGAGUGGGAUGAAGAUGAAGCAACGCAGUACAUGAUUGAGCAGAGUCUGUUGGAAUACGGCAAGCGCAAAGAUGAAGCUCCGGUUGAUCCUAAACUAGAAUACAUUGACCAUGAAGAAAUCUUUACAGCCAUAUGUGCAGGAAAUGAAGAUGCCUUGCAGAUGCUUGUGCAGCACAAGGCAGCAAUGUCCAUGGCAGAAAGCAGGGGAUGGCUCCCUCUGCAUCAAGCAGCAGUUCAGCAGAAGAGGAGAAUUUUAGAGAUCAUUUUUUCAGCAUCUCCUAAGGGCUCGGGUGAGUCCCGCACACUGAAAGGAGAGACUCCUCUGUUUCUUGCUGUUGUGAAUGGUCUGAGAGACAAUGCGACGUUCCUGCUCCAGAAUGGCUGCAGUCCUGACUGUCAGAACGAGGACGAGGACUCUGCAUUAGUUGGGGCCAUAAAGAAUAAUCAUUACGACUUGGCCUCUCUUCUUCUACGAUAUAAUGCUAAGGUGGAUCGUAAAGGCAGCCUCCAGAGAACUGCUCUGCAUGAAGCAUCUCUGUUGGGCCUAGAGGACUUUGUGUACCAGCUUCUUCAGGCCGGUGCUGAUCCAGAUGCCUGUGAUGCCACUGAACAUACACCUUUAGGACUCGCAGCCCAAGCUGGCCAUUUGAAUGUUGUGGAAAUCCUACUACAAAAAGGAGCCAGCAUAUGGCCAAAGCUUCACUCUGUAGAGUCUGUAUCAGUGUUGUUUGACGCGGCAGCAUCUGGAAACCCUGAUAUAAUCUCGCUGCUGUUGGACUACGGAGCUGACCCCAACACUCCCACACACACGGGCCAUCUGCCCAUUCACCGUGCUGCUUAUCGAGGCCAUCUGCUAGCACUGGAACAGCUGAUCCCAGUGACUAAAAAAGAGGCCAUUAAAGAGAGCGGUAUGAGCCCAUUACAUUCAGCUGCUGCAGGUGAACAUGCUCAAUGCCUUGAGCUUCUCUUGAACUCUGGGUUUGACCCCAACUUCAUGCUCCAUCCACGGGUGCGGAGGAACUAUGAGGAUGAGCGCAGAUCAGCACUUUAUUUUGCUGUGUCAAACAAUGAUGUACAGUCAGCAAGGCUGUUACUGAAGGCUGGCGCUAUGCCGAACCAGGACCCUGUCAACUGCCUGCAAGUAGCCAUGCGCCUGGGCAACUAUGAACUGAUCAACACGCUGCUGCGCUAUGGAGCGAACGUGAACUACUACUCACGUGUAAAUACAACACACUUCCCCUCGGCCCUGCAGUAUGCUCUGAAGGACGGGGUGAUGCUCCGGAUGCUGCUAAACCAUGGCUAUGAUGUACAGCGUUGUUUUGACUGUCCCUAUGGCCAGGGACCUCACGUCCCUGUGGACUACGAGGGCUGGAGUGUUUCUGUCAUAAGAGAUGUAGUGUUCUGUGAAGUGAUAACGGUGUCAUGGCUCAAGCACUUUACAGGCCAGGUGGUCAGAAUCUUGCUGGAUUAUGUUGACCAUGUCACCUUUUGCUCCAAACUCAAGAGCGUCCUGGUGGAGCAGAAACAGUGGUCAGAAAUAUGUAGGAUUCAAGAAAACACUCGAAGCCUGAAGCAUUUAUGCCGUCUUAAGAUCCGGGAGUGUCUCGGUCGCCUGCGUCUUAGGGCUCCAAUGUUUAUCAGCUUUUUACCUCUGCCAAACACGCUGAAGGACUAUAUCCGGUUCAAAGAGUAUGAUAUAUACAACAAAGGAACUAUGGCAGAGCUGGAAUAAGACAAAAAUAUUUGAUUUUCAUUGUUUUUAGUUGGUUUUUGUUUUGUUAUUUUUUACUGCCAUGCCACUUGUUGCCAUAUAACACCAUGUAUUGUUUAUUGGAUUUCAUUUCUUUGUUUUUAAUAUAAGUUCUGGAUUAUUUCUUUAUCAUGGUAACAUUUUUUUAACAGCAAUGCAGUACUUAUUUAUGCAAUGCAAGGGGAUAUUAAAAUAGCUCAAAUAGCUUACAUUUCUUACUGGUACAAAUAAUGUGGAAUAUUUUGUAGAAAUGAUAAAAAGAAAAAUGUAAGCCAUUAUCUCAGAAGAAGUAUAAUAUUUAGCUGAACAAAAAGGGUUAGACAUUAGAGACCUUUUUCCUCCACAAAUCUUACCUACGUUUAAUAUUACAAUAUUAAUAUUAUUAAAUUUCUUCAUAUUAAUGUGUGUACACUGAUCAGGCAUAACAUUAUGACCACCUGCCUAAUACUGUGUUGGUCCCCCUUUUGGCGCAAAAACAGCCCUGACCCGUCCUGCACUGUGUAUUCUGACACCUUUCUAUCAGAACCAGCAUUAACUUCUUCAGCAAUUUGAGCAACAGUAGCUCGUCUGUUGGAUCGGAUCACACGGUCCAGCCUUCUCUCCCCACGUGCAUCAAUGAGCCUUGACCGCCCAUGACCCUGUCACCGAUUCACCACUGUUCCUUCCUUGGACCACUUUGAUAGAUACUGACCACCGCAGACCGGGAACACCCCACAAGAGCCGCAGUUUUGUAGAUGUUCUGAUCCAGUGGUCUAGCCAUCGCAAUUUGGCCCUUUUGGUCAAACUCGCUCAAAUCCUUACACUUGUCCAUUUUUCUUGCUUCUAACAUCAACUUUGAGGACAAAAUGUUGACUUGCUGCCUAAUAUAUCCCACCCACUAACAGGUGCCAUGAUGAGGAGAUCAUCGGUCUUAUUCACUUCACCUGGCACUGGUCAUAAUGUUAUAGCUGUUUGGUCUACUAUCUUGACACACAGCACUAUUUUCUUAAUACAGUUAAUGUUGGAAUUUCUAAAAGUUUUUUAAUUAGGAAAAAUGUUUUGCAUCCCGGUCUUCUGGAUUUUUUUAGAUUUGUAAAGAUUUUUUAAUGUAAGGGUCAGGGUUUUUAAUUUGAGAAGCUGGUCUUGAUAUGGCAGAAAAGAUGACAUCAUGAAGACUGUGCAAAGAGAAAUAGCUUCUUAGACUGAUUAAAAGUCACACUCAUACAACUGGGAGGAGAGAAAAUGUGAAGACAUUCCUCAUAGAGUGGGAUGUCAUUGUCGGGCCAUGGCAUUCAGACUGCAGGCCAGGGUGAUGAUGACCAUUACUCCAUCAGCUGGUUUACGUAACAUAUUAACAGCUGGUUUGAUCUGAGGAUCAGAUGGCCACCAUUGGACCGGAGUAGUAGGUUCACUGGAAGUAACAACAAACACUUUACCUGGUUCAUGGAAUACUGGGAAAUCAAUCAGUGUGUGGAGAAACCUCAAGUUUAACCACUCUGGCUACCAGUGCAUGCAGUUCUCAUACUCUUUUUAUUGAAUUGAGCAAAAAGUUUAGAGUCACACAUUUUAAUUCAGCAUCUUGCACAGACCCACAGAAAGGGAUGCAGAAUGCAGAAUGGGGGCUCCUUCCUGUCUUGUUCCCAGUGCUCCCAGCGCUGUCAGGAUAAAGUUCUUGAUAAAACAGCAGGUUUAAAUUUGGUUAAAGAUUAAAAUGUAAAAUAGUGUAUUGUAUAG